CAAUACCUGGCAAAGUUGGCAGAACCAACACUACAUCUCCUUUGGGUGCCCUGCAUAUUUUAUUCUCUGAAGCUAGGAGAACACUAUGCCUUUAAGUUCUGCAUGGGACCUAGAAAGAGGAAUGAACCGUCCUGGGGUCACCGUCUGAGAUAAAGGACGUUCACAGGACAUUCCCAGACUACUCAAUGUAAAGACACAAGCUCAUGAACUAAUCUCCCAGACUCCUGAAACACCAAGAUGGAACUACAUCUCUUCUCUCUUCUCCUGGUCAAGUGUCUCCUUCAUCUGAUUUUGUGUGAUAAAGAAAUACCCCGAUCCGCAAACACAUUAAAGUGGGAAGAGAAGGACACCUCCGACAACUUGGUGAGCAAUGUCGCCCACCCCCGACUCCACAGCCCUCUCCGUCUCUUUGUCAAACAGUCGGCUCUUCAAAGACAAGCCCAGCUCUCUUAUUUCGACACCACAGAACACUUCUGGAACUGGCUGUCCAAUGUCACCCACACUCAAGAGUCCUUGGUACGAACUAAACGUCGGCCCAUAGUGAAAACGGGCAAAUUCAAAAAGAUGUUCGGCUGGGGGGAUUUUCAUUCCAAUAUUAAAACUGUCAAGUUGAAUCUUCUCAUCACGGGGAAAAUUGUGGAUCAUGGAAACGGGACAUUCAGCGUUUAUUUCCGCCAUAACUCAACGGGACUUGGGAACGUUUCUGUGAGUCUUGUUCCUCCUUCCAAGGUGGUGGAAUUUGAAACUUCUGCUCAGUCAACCCUGGAGAACAAGGAUUCCAAGUCCUUUAACUGUAGGAUUGAGUACGAGAAAACGGACCGGGCAAAGAAAACUGCUUUGUGCAACUUUGACCCCGCUAAGAUCUGUUACCAAGAACAAACCCAGAGCCACGUCUCCUGGUUGUGCUCAAAGCCCUUCAAGGUCAUUUGCAUUUACAUUGCUUUUUUCAGCGUAGACUAUAAACUAGUGCAAAAAGUUUGCCCUGAUUACAAUUACCACAGUGAGACACCAUAUUUGUCCUCUGGAUGA